GUUUUAACUGCUUUAGGUCUUUUACUGAGUGGGCCGAUUAGCAGGAGCAAUGUGACCAGUUCGGGUCUUGAGUGAGAUCUCUUCGUCCACGCUAAAAACGGUAUCACAGAGUUCCAUGGCCCUGGGGCUUGUGGUGUGGUCGUCGUUUGAAAUAUGUGGUUCAAUUGUCGAUUGUAACACUGUUCGGGGCAGGCAUUUCACGUAGUCAGGAGGGACCCAGUUCUAUGUAAACUGCGACAAAAUAUUUGAGUUCAUUAAGCAUCCCCGCGGAGCCACACAAGAAGAAGUGAACACACCUGAGUCUCCAGAAAACAGAACAAACAUGGUCCAGGGGGACCUCAUUGAUGGCGACUUCCUGGUUUUCAUCAUCAUCACGUCCAUUAGCAUUCUGUGCGGGGCCGUCGGUAACGCUCUGGUGAUUGCCGUGUUCGUAUCCAACAAACAACACUUCCCUAAGAGGACCUACAUCCUGACCCUGGCUGUCGUGGACCUGGUGGUGAUGGUAUUGGUGGCCCCCUACUCAAUCGUGUUCGAACUGAGGCUGGUCACCAACGACUUCCUCUGUCACGCCCUCGAAAUCAUCCGCCACACGCUGAUAGGGUAUUCCAAUUUGGUCCUUAUGUUUAUAGCCUCGGAGCGAUUCCUUCUUGUGUGGAAACCGUUGAAAAUCGUGACCAAUAGAACAAAGAGGGUCUGUAUAAUCGGAUUUUUUAUAUUUUCCAUCGCCUGUGCAAGUCCCUCAGCGGCCGUGUAUAAGGUUAGCACACACUGUGAUUCAUCCGGUAACACUUCCCUAGUAUUACAAGAGUACUGUUCCUAUACAACCUCAAUUCUAGGAGAAACUGGCAGUGAUGUUUAUAUGAAAGUUAUCGCUAUUUCAGUCUUCUUUGAAGUACUGUUUUUAAUAGUAUCUUAUAUUCUUAUCUAUGUGGGAAUUUACAGACAAAGAAAAAAGCUCACUGGAGUUUUUGUGGGAUCGAUCCGUACACCAAAGGUCCCAAAUAAACCAAAAACGAAUAAAAAUGAACAAAAUAUACGAGAAUUCUCUGAUAAAAACUCAACCCAAACUUGUCACCCCCAAGAAGAUUCCAAUGGCAACGAACAAUUUUCAAAGAAUAUAGUUGAUGCCAAACUGGAAGGUACAUUUUCAAACAUUGACCAGAGCAAAUAUUGUGGAACAUCAAAAACCAUUGAACGUCCAUUUAUUACCGAUACACAUGAACAAGAAUUCGAGUCGACCACGUGUCCAUGUACGUCAAGACACAAUGAAAUCGAGCGACUUCAAGAUGAUCCUAUAGAACUGGAUAACGGGAGAACCCUUCCAAAAUCCGGCAACCCGCGUGACAAGAGAGGUUCAACCACUUCCAGGGGCAGUUCAGCCGCACAGAAGAGGUCCCAUGUUGAUACUAAAACGUGGACAAUGUUGUCCAUUUGUACGUUUCUGUACAUCGUCUGUUGGAUACCAUUCAGCGUCAACAUCUUAAACGUGUAUAGGUCAUUAGUUUUGAAAUAUUUCUUUUUUAUUGGACAAGCUUCAAACCCAGUCAUAUACAGUAUUGUAAACGUUAAAGUGAGGAAACAAAUCAAGGAACUACUGUUUGGGAAGUCUUCCAGACCUACUGGUUUCACCCCAAAUCGGACCUAUUCCAGCACUUCUUUUUCUACAACCAAAUAGCUGCUCUGGAGUAUGCCAGUAUAAUAUGUGAUCUUGCCCGAUGUUAUUUUUCUUUUGGUCGUAAAACAGACUGACAUUUUCUUCCAUUUUUUUAACGAAAGUAACACAGUUUUACCGUAAUAAUGAUAUUUGAUGUCAACCACUGUUUUACAACCCAUAUGAUGUAGCUAUAUUACUCUUAUUUGAAGAAUUAUGGCAGUCUGUA